ACAGGCCACGGUUCACGCGCAGUCUUCACUCGAAAACCCUAGCUGCUGCCAAGCUCUGCUCACGAAAACCCUUAUAAAUCAAUACCUGCAAAACACUCUCUUGUUCCGCCUCUUUCACUAUCACGUUUCUGUCUCAAUACUUCUUUAAAUCCCUACCUUUGUUUCUAUUUCCCUCUAUUUUCCUCCAUGGAAUUCUGGGGUAUUGAGGUCAAGGCUGGGGAGCCUGUCAAAGUAACACCUGAUCCUGAAACCAUCAUACAUCUCUCUCAGGCAGCUCUAGGAGAGUCGAAGAAAGGAAAUGAAUCAGUGCCCCUUUUUCUAAAGAUUGAUGAUAAGAAAAUUGUAUUGGGAACUCUUUCUCCUGAAAACAUCCCUCAGUUGCCUUUUGAUUUGGUUUUUGAAAGAGAGGUUGAGCUAUCUCACAACUGGAAAAGUGGGAGUGUCUACUUCUGUGGUUAUAAAAGUCAAUUGCCAGAAGAAGAUGUUUUUUCUGAGGAAGAUUCAGAAGAUGAAGAGCCAUUCCCAUUGAUGAAUGCAGACAAUGGAAAUGUUCAGCCUGUGGUUGAGAAUACCAAGCCUGCCAAGGCAAAGGCUAAUGUUUCAAAGCCUGAUUCUUCUGUGAAACAAAAGGCUAAGCCAGUAGAUCCAAAGAAGGAAAUCAAAGCUGAGGAUGAAUCUGAUGAUGAUGAGUCUGAUGAGCAAGAUUCUUCUGAUGAAGAAGGUGAUUCUGAUGAGGAAAUGUCUGAAGAUUCAGAGGAAGAAGGUGAUUCUGAGAGUGAAGAUGAGGAGACUCCGAAGAAGGCUGAGAAAGGCAAGAAGAGACCCAAUGAGUCUGCAACAAAGACCCCUGUGCCCUCAAAGAAGAUAAAGUCAGUUACUCCUCAGAAGACAGAUGGUAAGAAGGGAGGGCAUACUGCAACUCCUCAUCCAGCCAAGGGUGGUGGAAAAGCUGCUGCAAACGGCAGCAAUACUAAAGCACAGACCCCAAAAUCUGGUGGCCAGUUCGCUUGCAAAUCCUGUGAAAGGUCAUUCGCCUCAGAUGUUGCUCUGCAGUCUCACUCAAAGGCCAAGCAUGGUGGAAAGUAAAUACAGUUAAUUUUUUUUUUCAUGAGAGAACCAAGUUAGAAGAUUUUGUUAGGCAUGCCUUAGGAAGGGAGAGGUUUGUGAUAGUAAAGCUUGUUUUGCAAAUACUGGUAAUGGUUCUAAAAUUGGGUGGGUGUGUGCUCAUUUUGAAUUCUGUUUUAAUUUAUUGUUUCUCAUGAUCA